UCAUCACAGUCUUAUGGUUUUAAACGGGCUCCAUCCCCAUCCUCAUCCUCACCAAUUACAGGGUACAGAGCUGAACACGGUACCUCUUCAGAGCAUCUCGUGGAUGUUUUAACUCGUACCCUGAGUGGGUUUAUCCGUAGCAGCACAUCUGCAGACAUUGUUUGGGAAGUGAAUGUUCUUCUCGUAGAACAGGUGAGCGAGUGGACGACUUUGAAUGGGUCUCGAAAAAGGAUAAACCUACAAAUAAAGUUUCCAAAAAAGAAAAAAGACCCACGGAGGACAUCACGGGCAAUCUCGGAGAAUCUCGGUGUUCCAAAAAAAUCCUUCAAUUGAGUCAUCAGGAGAAUCUUCCGAUUAUUUUUAUUGUUUGCUGUAGCUAAGCAAGUGCUUCUGCAGUUUUGCAGAAGAGGGUUACCUUGUCAUUCCAAUUUUGUGGUAAAUGUUUGGGAGUCAAGAUCACUCGACAAGAACCAUCACCGAAUUGAAAGUGACAACUUUUGAAGAAGAAAUGGAUUCUGUUCGUUCUUGGGUGCGGAAUGUCGGAGUUAUUGAUUCAAACAUAGCGGCACAGAGUGGAGUGGCCGUAUCCCGUGCUCACUUUGAAAAACAGCCUCCCUCCAAUCUCAGAAAGUCCAACUUCUUCCAUUUUGUUCUGGCACUCUAUGAUCGCAGUGGGCAGCCUGUGGAAGUGGAGAGGACUGCAUUUGUGGACUUUGUGGAGCAGGACAAGGAGCAGACGGGAGAAAAGACCAACAAUGGGACUCACUACAAACUCCAGCUUCUCUAUAGUAAUGGUGUUCGCACAGAACAAGACCUUUAUGCACGUCUCAUUGAUUCGGUCACUAAACAGCCCAUCUCAUAUGAAGGACAGAACAAGAAUCCAGAAAUGUGUCGUGUUCUGCUAACUCAUGAGGUCAUGUGCAGUCGCUGCUGCGAGAAAAAAAGCUGCGGAAAUCGCAACGAGACACCAUCCGAUCCUGUCAUCAUUGACAGAUUUUUCUUGAAGUUUUUCCUGAAGUGCAAUCAAAACUGUCUGAAAACCGCAGGGAACCCCCGAGACAUGAGGAGAUUUCAGGUGGUUCUGUCCACGACGGUCAACGUGGAUGGUCCCGUACUAGCCAUUUCUGAUAAUAUGUUUGUGCACAACAACUCCAAACACGGACGUCGCGCUCGCAGAAUGGAUUCAAAUGAGACGAUGGAGACUAGCAUGGAAUACGCUACUCCCUGUAUCAAAGCCAUCAGUCCCAGUGAAGGUUGGACUACAGGCGGGGCUAUGGUAAUUGUGAUUGGGGAAAACUUCUUUGACGGUCUGCAAGUGGUGUUCGGGAGCAUGUUAGUGUGGAGCGAGCUUAUCACUCCUCAUGCAAUCCGAGUUCAAACUCCUCCUCGACACAUCCCAGGGGUUGUAGAAGUUACGCUGUCCUACAAAUCUAAGCAGUUCUGUAAAGGAGCUCCAGGGCGCUUCAUUUAUACAGCACUGAACGAGCCAACUAUUGACUACGGCUUCCAGAGACUUCAAAAGCUGAUCCCUCGCCAUCCUGGUGAUCCCGACAGAUUGGCAAAGGAAAUGUUACUUAAAAGAGCAGCAGAUGUUGUUGAGUCACUCUAUGGAAAUUCCACCAGCAAUCAGGACAUGUUGCUGAAACGGGCUGCAGAUAUAGCCGAGGCUCUUUACAGCGUGCCUCGACCUCACAGUCAGCUGCAGGCCAUGCCGAGCUCCCCUGUCCACGGCAGUGUCAUGGGGCUCAACUCUUAUCCCACACAGCUGGGUGUAAGCAUUGGGGAACACGGGCAAACCAGUAGCCAAGGAUACAGUCGCAGUUUGUCUCCACGUGGCUACCCAUCAGCCUCGACCCCUCAGCAGUCAGGUUAUGGGUCCAACGGGGGCAUGAGUUACGGGGCAGUGCCCAUGAGCAGUCUGGGUGUUUCAGGGUCACCUGGCUUUAACAGUGCCUCCCCAAACAGCUCUCCUUAUGCUAUAAUGCCAUCUAGCCCCACUGUACCCGGCUCCAGUUCCUCAUCCUCCCUCUUGCCCUUCUCAUCUUUCCCAUCGUCUACCAAACAAAAAAGUGCCUUUGCUCCAGUCCUGAGACCGCAGGGUUCACCGUCACCCGUUUGCCAAACUUCAGGAGGCACCAGCUUUAGAGCAAUGACAGGCCUCGUGGUUCCUCCGAUGUAGAGGACGAGUCUCUUCCAGUCCUACGCUUUGCAGCCAGUGGCCAGAACUAAACCGACACCGAUGUUGUCUCCUUCAAGCCACACUGAACAACAGCUGUCAUGAGGAAGUAAAGACAACAAGGACGUAUUUAAAACACUUUUCGGGAACCUUCUUGAGAGAUAUCCACUCUAUGCACACGUUUUGCCUCUGAUUGUGAAGGGGUGGUGUUACUUAAAGGUUCUUCCAGCCACAAAAUGCCAAAAGAGCUAUAAUCUGAGAACACGAGACUACACAUUUCUAGCCGUGCGCUCUCAUCAGACACACCGGUCAGUAGACUUCCACCGCAGUAGAUGUCAGUACGGGAUGCCAAUUGUGUCAAAACUCAGUCUUUUUUUGAAUAUACUGAUAGAUACACAUCCCUAAGCUGAAAUUGUGUUUUUAAAAGUAUAUAUAUUUAUCAGGAUUUUCAUUUAGAGAAACUGAAAGUGUUUAUUUAGGUUUAGGUUUAUGAACUGAUUACCUCAUAUAUUGACUUAUUUAAUGACAAAAACUAUAUAAGUUAUAUUUUUUAGGUUAAGUACUAAUAUAAGGAACCAUGAUUGUAUUUGUUAUUAUUUGGUAUUGUUAUUUUGUGAACAUUUGAAUAGGUUGUCAUAUUAAAAUAGUGACUGUAGAUUUUUACAUGUAAAUGUUUUGUUGUUAAAUAUAUAGAUGAUAUUUUAAUUCUUUUCCAAUUUAUUUAUAAACAUGUUUUCACAUUUGUAUCCCUUUCAAAAUAUUUCUGACGUGCACUAAAAUAACAAAUUUACUCAUGGCAUUAUUUCUCUUCCACACGACCAGUCGCUCCUUUCUAUUUAUUCCUUUUAGUAAUCAUUAAAGAUUUUAUUUUUUCAA